AUGGCUCUUGUCCAAUCCAUAACUCUGUCUCGCCUUAAUGUCCCCUUGUCGCCGAUUCUAUCCACACUCCAUGCUCCGUCGUCUCUCUUCCUCCGGAGGGAAAUUCGACCAACGUUGUCAUCCUCCACCGGCGGGAACGUGUCCUUCUCGCCGUUGAAGCAUCAGCGGAAGCUUAUGUGCUCUCCGCCUCGCGGCAAGUUUGUUAGAGAAGAUUAUCUUGUGAAGAAACUGUCAGCUGAGGAACUUCAAGAGCUGGUGAAAGGAGAGAGGAAGGUUCCGGUGAUUGUUGAUUUUUAUGCCACGUGGUGUGGACCUUGUAUCUUGAUGGCUCAGGAACUCGAAAUGCUUGCAGUAGAGUAUGAGAGCGAUGCAAUGAUCGUGAAAGUUGAUACAGAUGACGAGUACGAGUUUGCACGCGACAUGCAGGUUCGGGGCUUACCUACAUUGUUCUUCAUCAGUCCUGACCCAAGCAAAGAUGCAAUCAGGACAGAAGGACUAAUUCCUUUACAGAUGAUGCGCGACAUCAUUGACAACGACAUGUGAAAAGUCUUAUCCUGAAGAAACACUUUCUUGCUUUAGAAUUGAAUAGUUGUUGGCAUUUGAGGAUGCAGUAGGAAUGUCAUCAGAAAAUGUAAACGAGAUGACUGUAAUCUAAGAAUCUAUAUGUAUGCAGUGUUAGUUUCUGGUACUUGGUUUAACCUUUUAAGCUUGAUGACUACUUCAGAUCAUUUAAAUUUCCAGUAAAGGUUUGUGGCCUUGGAUCGAUUAAACA